CACAAUAUCACUAUCCGUUGAGUUUCCUCAAAGAAAGACUCUUAAUCGAAUGAUGUUCAGUGUUGUAAUCAUCGCAUAAAAAAUUGGAACACUUGUUUGCUACAUAACACACUGAUGACAAACCAGGUUGUGGAAAAAGGGUCUGAUCCUCGUAGCUUGAUCACAUCCCUUCAUUGGAGGAACUUCAUCGAUUCUCAAUGGAAGGAUGCAAAUUAUAAACGAACAGCCAUUGCAAGCUUUAUACAAGCAGUGUACUGUCUUGAGCAAGAUAGACAAGAGAAGAGAACUCAAGAAAAUUCUCUAGCACCAGAAUAUUGGAUUCCCUUCAAGUAUAAGCCUACACAAAUACUGAUUGAUGAAAGAGAUGGAUCCAUUUUUGGUGUAAUGUUUGAAUGGGAUCGGCUAGCGGCAUUGUCUGAGUUCAAGCCAUUUAAACCAAUUGGUGCCCCUAGAGCUGUUUUAGCACUUAGAGGAACAUUGAUAAGACCGCCUACAGUGCGAAGAGAUUUUGAAGAUGAUUUCCGUUUUGUUGCUUGGGAAAGCUUGAAGGACUCUGUGAGGUUUAAAGUAGCUACAGAUGCGGUAAAGUCGGUUUCUUAUACAUAUGGUAGCAGAAAUGUAUGCAUUGCAGGGCAUUCUUUAGGCGCUGGAUUCGUUCUUCAGGUGGGAAAGGAAUUGGCAAAGGAAAGAAUUAAUGUGGAAACACAUGCAUUUAAUCCUCCAGCAGUGUCACUAGCUUUGAGUCUUGGAAAUAUUGGAGAAAAGGCCGGGUAUAUUUGGAAUAGAAUCAAAUAUAUGCUUCCUUUAGGUACCGAGGCUCAAGUCAACAACAAUGUGGAUAAGACUUGCAUUAUACGAUUGAAGAAGAUGAUACGUCGGUUAUCUUGUUUGAUGGAUACUAGUUUUGGAACAGGAAAAUGGGUUCCUCAUCUUUAUGUUAACAAGAAUGAUUGGAUCAGUUACUUUUAUAUUCAUACCCAUGGAACAAAAGAGGAGAUCGCCAAUGUGGAGAAUAUGGAUCCUACAAUUGAGCAAAAUGAAGCCAAGUUGUUUGUUGUCUCAAGGGAAAACCAGAAGUUUCUCGAGGCUCAUGGCCUGAAACAAUGGUGGUCAAAUGAUAGUAGUGGAGAGCUUAAGCAUGGUAACCACAAUAACACACUCAUAAGCAUGCAACUUAAAUCUUUGAACACCGGUACACCUUCUCAGGUAGUACUUUUCUAUUAUCCACGCUAUGUUUCAUUAGCUACUCGUUGCAUAAAUAUUAGAGAAGCUUCGGAUUAUGUUUGGAGUAUACUUAAAUGCGUGCCUUGUCAUAUAAGUGGUAAAGCUCAAAUCAACAAUGAUGGAGAAGUGAUUUCAGGUAUAGGUUUGGUUGGUUGGAUACCCUCAUUAUCUGGCUUGAAGGAUACCGGCUAUUGGGUUUGCAAAUGGAUUCCUCGCAUGUAUGUUGGCGCCGAAGAGAAGAUGGUUGGAAAGGAGAAUAUGGAUCCUGAAGACGGCCAAAUUACUCCGAAAUUACUUAUUUUCUCGAAGGAACAAUUGAAAUUUCUUGCAGCUCAUGGCCUAGAACAAUGGUGGCCAAAUGAUGUAGAACUUCAUAGAACUAUCUGUGAUGGAAAACUCGUAAGCAGGAAAGUUAAAUCUCUAUUCACUGGUACACCGUGGGAUGUAAUUACAAAAGGAUCAAAUCUCUCUUUUAUUUCACUUGCCACGCGUGUUGGAGAAAAGGAAGAGUUCAUAUUGAAAUGUAAUAGUCUUAAAUUCAUGCUUCCUUCAAGUAAUGAUGCUCAUAAAGUGUGCAGUGACGAGGGUAAGAUUUCCGAUGUUGGUUUGAAGGGUUGGAUACCUCAAUUAUCUUGCUUGAAGGAUACUGCUUAUUGGGUGUGGAAAUGUGUUCCUCAUUUGUAUGUUAACAAGAACGGUGGUGGCAUUGAGGAGAAUGUGGAUUGUUCAAAUGCGAAAACAACUUCAAAGUUGUGUCCUGUCUCAAAAGAACAACAGAAAUUUCUUGCAACUCAUGGCUUGGAACAAUGGUGGCCAAAUGAUGCAGAACUUCGGAAAAUCAUUUGUGGUGAAAAACUCGUAAGCAAGAAAAUUAAACCUCUAUACACCAAUACACCUUGGGAAGUAACAAAAGGAUCAAAUCUCUCUUUUCUUUCACUUGUCAUGUGUAUUGGAGAAAAAGAAGAAUUCAUCAUGAAGUUUAAUAGUCUGAAAUCCAUGCUUCCUUCAAGUAGCGAAGCUCAUGUGUGCAAUAACGAAGGCAAGACUUCAGGUGAUGGUUUGAGGGGUUGGAUACCUCAAUUAUCUUGCUUGAAAGAUUCUGCUUAUUGGGUGUGGAAAUGUGUUCCUCAUCUGUAUGUUAACAAGAACGGCGACAUUGAGGAGAAGGAGGUCGACAAGAAGGAGAAUGUGGAUUGUGCAAAUGCGAUAAUAACUUCAAAGUUGUGUGUUGUUUCCAAAGAGCAACGAAAAUUUCUAACAACUCAUGGCUUGAAACAAUGGUGGCCAAGUGAUGCAUAUUUUCAGCAAGCUAUCCAUGACAGUAACCUCAUAAGCAGGAAAAUUCGAUCUUUAUACACCGAAACACCUUGGGAAAAUCCUUCAAUGUCACUUCCCAUUUGUUUCGGAAAUAUUGCAGAAAAAGAAGAGUUUGCAUGGAAAUGGAAUACUAUUAAAUCUGCAAUUCUGUCAAAUAGUGAAACUCAGGCGAGCAAUGAUUGCGAUAACAAGACACCAUAUGUACCAUUUCAGAGUUGGAUGUCUCCAUUAUCGAGCUUCAAGGACGCCGGUUUUGCUGUGGUACAAAAGGCUUCUCCUAUGUUGAAUCUGCCUUUUGUUUCACCGGUCACGAGUCAUGGAAAUAAUGAAGAAAAGGACAACUUUGUUUCGAGUAGUGAAACUCAAGUGAGCAAUGAUUCAGACAAGACUUCAUGUGAAAGCUUGAAGAGUUGGAUACCUUCAUUAUCUGGCUUUAAGGAUGCUGCUGUAGGGAUUGGAAAGUUGGUUCCGUAUUUGUAUGCUAACAAGAGUGAUGUUGGCAUAGGAGAGAAAAUGGUUGACAAAGAGAACAAGGGUCCUUUGGAAUAACAUAGAGAAAGUAUCAAGUGAUGAAAUCUUCAUCUGAAUAGAAGAGAAAAUGGUGAUGUUAGAUAUUAAGUGAUUAGGCCAAAAAGCUUCUCUAAGUUGGUGGGAGGUUUCUACAUGUCAUUUUGUCUGGUGUGCUAUGUUCAUAUGUAUGUUUUGGUAUUGAAAUUAUGGCUAAAAUUUCAUCUCUUAAACAUAAUUUAGAAUAAGAGUAUGUUUUCUAUUGGAACUUAAAUGAAUUUAUUCAAAGAUCUUCUAUUUUAACUUUAGCC